UGGUCAGCGCGGCGCCUGAGUUCAAGGAAAGUUCGCGACGGCGCUCGGUUUUCCGUGCGAGCCACCGAGCGACGCUGAGGCCCGGGCGCCGAGUGUGGGAUGUCGCGUCUGGCGCUGGCGGUGACCGCAAUAGCGAGAGCGGCCGGUUGCGUUUGCGAGAAGGGUUUUCGGCGGAGUCAGGGAACUCGUUUGCAAGUAUGGUUAUUGGACGCGUUUUGAAGCACGUACUGUGUCGUUGCAGAGGAAGAAUCAAGGUGCAGGUAGACAAGGAGCUGGAUGAUGAUGAAGGGAUGAAAUGAUUUCCUGGUCCAGCAACAGCAGAAAGUAAUGGGCUGCGGGACAAGCAAAGUGCUUCCCGAGCCAACUAAAAACUUUCAUUUGGAUCUCGUCAAAACUGUGGAGCCAUACACCGGCCAAAAUGUAGAUAAAUAUAAGCACUUUAUUAAAGACAAUACCAUCAAGAAUCGGAACAAGAAUGAUGCACCCCCGCCUCAUCAAACUAAUGCUUACCAACAGAGUGGCCAUUGGGACCAGCAAAACGAUCCUAGGAGGAAUAAAGUGGCUAAAUAUCGUGCUAAAUUUGAUCCCAGAGUGACUGCGAAGUAUGACAUCAAAGCACUGAUAGGUAGAGGGAGUUUCAGUCGUGUGGUUAGAGUGGAACACAAAAGCACCAAACAGCCUUAUGCAAUAAAACUGAUUGAGACAAAGUACAAGGAAGGCAGGGAAGUGUGCGAGUCUGAGCUUAAUGUCCUCCGGAGGGUGAGGCAUACCAAUGUCAUACAACUGAUUGAAGUAUUUGAGACUCAAGAGCGAGUGUAUAUGGUAAUGGAGCUUGCUACUGGAGGUGAACUUUUCGAUAGGAUCAUAGCCAAAGGUUCUUUUACUGAACGUGAUGCCACAAAAGUGUUGCAAAUGGUUCUUGAUGGAGUUAAAUAUUUGCACAUACUAGGCAUCACGCACAGAGACCUGAAACCUGAAAACUUGCUGUACUAUCACCCAGGAGCUGAUUCUAAAAUUAUGAUUACAGAUUUUGGAUUAGCCAGCACUCGAAAGAAAGGUGAUGAUUGUCUCAUGAAGACAACCUGUGGCACCCCAGAAUAUAUUGCUCCUGAAAUCCUUGUGAGGAAGCCUUACACUAAUUCUGUUGACAUGUGGGCAUUGGGUGUGGUUUCUUAUAUUUUAUUAAGUGGAACCAUGCCCUUUGAAGAUGAUAAUCGCACUCGAUUGUACAGGCAGAUAUUGAAGGGCAAAUAUAGUUACUCAGGAGAGCCGUGGCCCAGUGUUUCAAACCUCGCAAAGGAUUUUAUAGAUCGUCUUCUUACUGUGGAUCCCAAUGAGAGGCUGACUGUGGGCCAAGCCUUAAAGCACCCUUGGAUAGUAAGCAUGGCAGCCUCCUCAUCUAUGAAGAAUCUGCAUCGCUCCAUUUCUCAGAACCUUUUGAAGAGAGCUUCAUCUCGAUGUCAAAGCACCAAGUCAGCCCAAUCCACAAGGUCCAGCAGAUCCACUAAGUCCAACAAGUCACGGAGAGUACGAGAGAGGGAACUAAGAGAAUUAAAUUUGCGAUACCAGCAGCAGUAUGAGGGAUGAAAAGAAACUUGGAGCUUUGUCACAAUGUUAUCUUUCGCUGUGCACUUUCUAUUUGUGUAACUCUCAUAACAUGUUGACCACUUUGGAUUCAAUGAAUUGGUAACAUGGAGAGUUUGGACAAACCACUUUUCUAAUUUACGAGAUCCAUCAGAUUACUAUUCCACAAUUCACUAAAAAUAGUUAAAUGCUGAGCAUUGUUCAAACAUGGUGAAUAUUGAGCCAAUAAGACUAUUUCCUACUAAAUUAGUGUGUAUGUAAUUGAUUAAACGUACUGGCCAUUUUACAGGGUAAAAUUAGAUUGCAUAACUGAAAUUUGUCUUAAGUGCUGGAAAUAUUGAACCUCAUUGCUCUGGUUACAUUUUAUAACUAACAGUUAAGCCCAGUGUUUUUAAAAUCUUGUUAGGAAUUAAAAUGCUGUGUAUGUUACAUUCAAAAUUGCAAUCUGUUUAAGUUGUCUUUAACCAUUUUAUUUUACAAAAGAAAGGUCUUUAGUCCUUAAUAAAUACAGAUACAGUAAGAUGAAAGUUUUGACUUGGCAGUGUGCAUAAUGUAAACAUUAAUUCUUGCUGAAAUGUUAGAUGCUCAAGGAACAGAAAGAAAGAUACCAUUCACAAAUAUUUUCUCCCCAGUAUGAACUCUUCUAUACUGCUGAACAUCUUUAUUUACAUUAAAUACUGAAAUGACAACCAACGACAGUAUAUUCAUCUGGCACACUAAGUAGGCAAUUUCUCGCAGACCUGUGAAUUAAGGUCUGUUUUACGAUUUUAUAUCUUACAGAGCCCAAAAGUUGGUACAUACACAUGAGAUGAAGGUAGAUGUUAAAAUAUUGUAAACAAGGUUUAAAAGAUAAAAAUAAUUAUGUUCAACACUUAUGGAGUUUUUGAGAUGUAUAUUUGAGAAAAUCACAGUUUACAUGGCUAUUUUAGAGCCAGAGUAGUGAUCAGCUGCACAUGAUUUAAAAUUCACUUCCUCCUCAUGGAAACAAUGUUACACAUUUUUGGAGUUUGCUCUUUUUAAUGUGAGAUACUUUAAUUUAGUUCAUUAUACAGGAGGAGGGAACCAAUAGAUUAAAUUCUUAGCUUCCAUAUUUACCUAUUUAAAUUUCUAAAGUGUCUUCCUCUCUUUGAGUGCUGAUAGCCUCAUUCUUAGCAAAUUCCAGAAAAUAUUCAUUGUGUCAUUGUUGUGUAGAAUUCAAAAAUCACAGCUGCUCUAUACAUUAAAUGUAUGUGCACUUCAGUUAAUUUGGAUGUGAACAGCCAUAUAGCUUUAAUUUGUAAUCUUAUUCCUAAUAACUGUGCUGAAAACAGCAUGAACUGAAAGUGGAAUUGGUCUAUUUCUAAAUGAGCCUAGUUUGCUUGUUGGAAUCCAUGGGAAGAUGGCCAAGACUGGAAGAGUCUUGCUCUGUUAAUGAGUAGGUCACAUCUAAACUUUAUGGUAAAAUAUUAUUGUACCAAAUAUAUACAUACAAUAAUUUCAGAAUGAAGGAACUCAAUCUUUCUUCUAAAUUUUCAUUUUCUUUAAAGAAAUAUUUCUUCCUGUAGACAUCUGUACAUGAUUUUCACUUUAAAUGAAUGGGUAAGCACAUUGCCAGACUGCAGAUUUUCUGAAUUAACUUGUGAUUAAUGAACACCAUCAACCCAAGGUACCUUUUCAUUCUUGCAUUAUCCAGAUAGAAUAUGUCUUGCCUCUCUAGGGGCAGUAAAGCCAACAUGAUGGAGUUGCACAUGUAGUCUAAUAUUUGAGCAAAAUACACAGUUGGUUUGAAGGAUGUUAAUUAUCCUAUGUUUUGGUAUAUUAAUUUGCAUUAUGCCAUGCCAGACUUUGCUCAUCUCUGCUAUAGGAAACAAGUAGUUACAUAAACAGCAUUCCUGUACUAGGUGUGUCCCUUGAUCCCCACAUUGACUCGUGUAUUUUUUUGUAUAAGCCUCCAGUGUAAAAUAAGCUUUGUUCUUAAUUUCCAUUGAUUUUAUCCCAUCUUUAAUCUCAUUGGCCCUUCUUUUUAUUCCUCUGGACUGUGGACCAUUGGAAAAGUUUCAUUUUUUCACAUAGCUGUUAACUGGGGCAAAAGAAAGCAAAAAUGCUGGAUACAUUCAGCAGGUCAGGCAACACAUGUGAAAAGAUGAUGGGUGUAUGACUUAACUUUCUCUUUGCACAUGUACUGUCUGACUGACUACAUUUCCAGCAUCUUUUUUUUUGGAUUUCUAGUAACCACUGUUUUAUUUUUUUUUUCACUGACAGUGAUGUCUUGAGAUGACUAUCCUCAUACACUGGAAUUCCCCUUAAUCAGGGUUAUGUCUGCCUGCCAUUGCCACCAUUAAUGGUUACAUAGCUUGUUUUUGAGACGUGGAAUGCAUUGGCUGAAAGUGAAUUAUAACCUGCGGCAGAAAUUGACUAAUACUUGAAGAAUGUUUGGAUCUUUGGGGAAGAGCAGGGGUAUGGUAUUAUUAGAUAGCUUUUUAGAGUGUUGGCUCUGGCCUGAUUGGGCAAAUGGUCUUAUGUGGUAUACGUAUCGAUAUUUUAGUUUUUCUUAAAACCCACACAAGCAUUAAGCAACCAUUCUCAUCUGAACACACUAAAGCAGCAUGAGUAGACUUUUAUGUUAAAGGUACUAUGUAAGUGCAUGUUGUUGAAAGUAACUAAUAAGGGCUUUUGCUUUUCAUUGAGACCAGUGCAGCCUGCAGUUUUCUCCUAAAUGGCACUGUUAGCUGAUGGUGGUCGAAUACCUUGAAUCCCUUUGAAGUAUAUUUGUAAUAUGGAGACCCUUGUAUUUUGAUAUUUUUCUGACUUAAAAAGAUUGUCUGUUCACAAUAUUUUGGUUGUGCCUUUUUACCAGUCCCUAUACACUUUUAUCCCCAUCAAGAAGGCCUUAAAACUUUCUGCUUCUAUCUCAAUAGAGAACCAAUCUGUUCCCCUUCACCUCCACCCUUCUCCAAAUGGCAGAACUGGUCCUCAUCCUCAACAAUCUUUCCUUCAGCUCCUCCCACUUUCUCCAGACUCGAGAGGUAGCCACAGGCACUCGCAUGGGUCCUGGCUAUGCCUGCCUCUUUGUUGGCAAUGUAAGACGGUCUUCCUUCUUUCUCCUAUGGUCCACUCUUCUCUCCUAUCAGAUUCCUUCUUCUCUUUAUUUUUAAACCCUCCUGGCUUUACUUAUUACCUUCUAUCUAUCCUCUUUUCCCUCUCCCCACCUUUUUAUUCUGGCAUCUUUCCCCUUCCUUUCCUGUCCUGAAGAAGGGUCUUGUCCUAAAACAUCAAAUGUUUGUUCAUUUCCAUAAAUGCUGCCUGACUUGCUGAGUUCUUCCAGCAUUUUGUGUGUGUUGCAUUGGAUUUCCAGCAUCUGCAGACUUUCUCAUGUUUGUUGUUUAUAUGUUUGUCAGCAUCUUUUAGCAAUAAUGCUUACUGGUAGAAAUACUUUCAAGUGCAUUUAAAACCAGUUUUUUUCAUAAUGGUCUUCCAAAGAUUUUGGAGAGGACUCAAUCACUUUUGUUAGAAAACAUAUUUGGUUGUACAUUAAAGCAAAUUGUGGCAAGAUAGGUAGUUGUUGGGGCCACAUUUUAUAAAUUCUCAUAAGUAGUGGUGUAACUGAGAGCAGUACUGUAUGAAUUAUCAAAAGGAAUUUUUAUACUCGAGCAAUCUGCCACCAUUAAUAACUGUAAUCAUGGUUCCUAUUGACUGAAAUUAAUACCUUUUGAUAAUUUUCCCAAAUGUAAUAAUUCUCAUUCUUGUCAAUUACAAUGUGUGCCAUGAUGAUUGUAAUUCAGUUAGCAUUCAGGCUAAAAUAAACAUUUUUAUUGCAGAAUAUUGAGAUUGGUGAACCUAUAUGUAUACCAUGUUAUCUGUGGUUCAUAUUUUAAUAUUUGCCUGCUCCUCUUUUUUUAACCAUGAAAAGUCAAUACUUUGUCGAGACCAAACAUUGAUGAGAAAUUAUUGCUCAGUUAGAAAUCUUGUUAAUAAACCUUGUUUGCCUACUUGAAAAAUUGCUGGGUGUAGAAAAAGCUUUAUAAGAUGUCAUAUUUAAAAUCCAACUCGUUGCUGUAGUGAACAAGGUGGUAAAACUAAAUACCUUGAUUGCUACUUUAUACUUUUCAAACCUAAUUCAUUGUAAACCAUCAAACUUUAUAUUGUCAUUGUUUGCUUUCAGGAUUUCUUAAUGGUCAAUUACUGAGGGUGUUACGCUACGUAGCUAACAAUAUGGAUUUUCAUAAGGAUGAGUAACUUAUGGUGUGCAAUUUAGCAAUUUGCAGGUCUGAUUCUGACAGUGGAUAUUUUACAGUCAACUUCUCUCAGUCUUAAAAACCAGAAUUUAAAUCGGUACCAGAAUUAAAUAGAAAUAAAGUUGGCUGAUGGAACCUUUUACUACUUGUCACUUUUUAUGUGAAUUACGGUAUUUCAUUGCUACUGUUGAUAUAUAUCGAGAACUAAAUUUUAAUCAAUGUGGAAAUGUGGUUUGUGAUGUUCUGGAAAUAACAAUCUUUAAAAAGUGAGAUGUAGUACAUGCUUAACACAGUUUAACAGGCAAUAUCUAAAUAGAUAGAUGCCAUCCAAUGUGUAUAGUAUGCUACAUUAAUUUUUUUGUGAUUUUCUGGGAAUUCAUGUGUUAUAAAAUUAAUUGGGAAAAGUGUAAUUUUUCUUGCUGGAAUUGUGUUUUAAUGAAAGUUUUAGAUUUUAAAUUAGUGGCAUCUUCAAACUUAAUUCUGAGCAAGUUAUACUUGAAAUUUCUGAGUAGAGAUAUACACCAAUUCCAUGAUGUGCAUGAGUUUAAAACAAAACCCCAAGACUGGAAUUAUUUGAUUUUUUUUUGUUCUAGAUAAUUUUAAUUUCAUAGAAAAAGAGAAUGCAUUUAGUUCUGCCUAGUUAACUGCAGUUAAUGUGCUGUAUUGCUACAGUGACAUAAGAUCCAAUUAUAUAAGUGAAUCAUCACUUACUAAAAUUCAUAGGUUUAAUCCAAUAUAUUAUGGAUUUUAUUAUACCAUUGAAUGAACAAUUGGCAAUUGCUAUUUUUGUCUUUCAGGUUUGACAUGUUUAGAGUAGUAGUAAUUUAGUGUACUUCCACUGGUCUCAGCUGUGCAAAUGAUCCAAAGGAUUCUCUGUCCGACAGGCCAUUGGGGAAAAGUGAAUUAAUUCAAUUAAUUAAUUAAUUGCAAAUAUUUUGAGUUUUUGACUUGUUGAUCUUAAUCUGAAAAUUCUGCUUGUUAAUCUAAACUGGAAUUGUGGUUUAACAUAUCUGUAGGCAAAAUGUGUACGUAUAUUUUUAACAAUGCAAACAUUGUUAAUGUAAAUGAUAACACAGAGCAAGUAGCUACAUGUCUAGAAUUCAAAUGCAAGUCAAACUGCACAGAACCAGUAUUUGUCAAAAUUGUUCAUAACUGGACCUGUUCAAAAUUUAUUUUUCAUUAUUAUGCAAUGUCAGUUUUAUAUUGUCAUGUGCAAUUGUGAUGAUAAAGAGAUUCUGUAUCAGUACAUUCAUGCCAUGUUGGUAUUGGUGUCUUUUUUAUUUUAUUCACUUUUUAAAGCAAUUCUCAUUACACAAUAGUAAUGCAGUCUCAAUGUUUCAAGUUUUACUUAGCUGUUAGUAUUAGUGUACUGUAAAGAAAAUGUCAUGAACCAAUACAAUGUUAUGCAAAAUAAUUUGUCAUUUGAACCUCAAAUAUUGGUAAUCCAAUGAUAUGACACUCAGAAUGCAUUCUUCAGCCACUCCAUAGUUGGAAGAAUAUAAUUCUUAUAUGGUUUGAAUGGGAUGAAAAAUUCUCACCCCUUGUAGUUUACUGAAAUCCUAGUGAUGCAUUGCUUGAAACAAUGUGGAUUACUUGAACUACUAAAAAAUGAAUGUGAAAUGAAAGUUUAGAUUUUCCCCAAAUCUGGUUGGUGAACUUCAGUCAUCCCUGUAGGUGAAUAAUUCUUUGAGGAUUUGUUGCAGUGGAUCCUCCUGGCCUGAAGGAGCACUAGAGCAAGGGCAUCCAAACCUUGGCUUAUUGCAAUUCUUCAAUUGGUUUAUAUUUCAAAGGAGGCUCAAAGUGGGGGUGCAUUGGGAUGCAAUAUAGUGAUAGGAUUGCUAAGGCCAAGGGAGGGAGUGGGUGAAGUACGUGGCAGGAAGGAGAUUUACAAUGGUCGUUGGGAGAGUCAAAUAACAGUUAGGUUUCCAACAGAAAGAAGAUCAGCUCAAACCUGAAUGGGGAGGAUGUUUGUGUUUGGGUGGAGUCAAGUGUGUAGUUAGGCAUACGAUAGUGUGGGAGAAGGCUGAAGACAAUUGGUGGGGAUAUUAUUCAAAUAGAUAAUGCAUUGGGAAAGCUAAGGAGUUUGACAGCAUUGGGGAGAAGACGAAUAAUCAGUGACAAUGGAAAGUUAAAGGUGAUGGUUAAUGAAGAACAUGGAUUUUUCAGACUUGGGCGGUGGCUCAAGUGGAGGUGGUCUUCAGUGUUCUCGUGCAGUUGGGGCUUGCCCAACUGCGUCAGUACACUAUUGCAUCCAUGUGCCAGCAAUGUUUGCAGAUCAGUCUUCCAUUCUGACCUGAAAGCAAAGGACUCUCCACUAGACUUUUUUAGUAUAAGACUAAUUAGAAUCAUUAUUAAACAAGCUUAUUGUACUGUUAGUUUUGUGUAAUGCUCCAGAACUUGCCUUUUUCACAAGAUUAAUAUGUUAAGUACUGUGGACAGUUUUAUUUCCACUUUGAGCAAAUGGCAAUGAGGGUGGGAGGUGAGCAGUUUAGAAGUUCAGUAAUACCUGCUCAGUGCUGUAGUAAAACAGGACAGUUUAAUAGGAUUAUCUACAUGAAUGAUGGCAUAUUUAUUUUGCAGUGUUGCUGCGUAAAACUUAAUGCCUCCUGAAGAGUUCUUUUGUGGGUGGAAUAUUGUAUACAAAGUGCUAAUCUAGAGUAGCCCGUUUUAAAUAUAGUGUUUAUAUAUUUUUAAAAGGCUGCUUUACUUCCCACUGUGACCAAACAUUAAGACUGAAAUGUGGUAUACUCUAGGCCAACUGUCUCCCUUUUUUGCCAAAUUCAAUUACUUUCUGGUUCUCAAUAUACAGUAUAUAUCUUUUAAGAUGUGCUGUUUGUAAACCACUGUGUUCAGUUUUAAUCCCUUUUGUGGUUUCUUCAUUGUUUUUAUACAUUUAAAAGUAUAAUCAUUUUUAGAUCAUUGCUGAGCAUUAAUCUGUAAUUCAAAGAUUUUGCAGAAAUUAUUUAUUUUAUGAAUUCAGUCAAUUUCUAUGUAAUAGUAAACGUCUUCAUUGUAUUACAAUAGUGUUUGUCCACCUUAUCUUUUUAUCCUUGGAUUUACUGCAUAGUAAACAUUUUUGUAUUUCCUGUUAUUUGUCCAUUAAAAAGAUAAUACUCUGUGUUCUCUCAUUCUUGAAUUUUGGAACACUAAGCCUAUAUUUAAUGGUCUGUCAACAUCUCUUAGCAAGGCAGUAUUGUUAACAGCUGUCCUCUGCUAAGAGCACAAAAGUGAGACAAAUGCAUGCAUGCCAAGUUCCUUGGUAUAUGUCAGCAAGAGUAUGAUUUUUUCCCAUUUAUUUUACAUGGAAGUUCCAUUUGCAAGUAUUCCUCACUUGCUCCUAGCAGGUUUGGCAGUUGCCCAUGGAUAAAAAAAAUUUCUACUAUCUACUUAGUACUAUCUAUAUAAAGUGGUGGGUGAAUAAU